AUGAACUCAGAGUACCGUGUCAUCGACGCAUUGGAUAAGAAGAUCGUGAUCCAGGAGUUACAAAUGACCAAACCUUUUGAAUCGCAAGAGAAGGUUGAUUUACAAAGAAAAAUUGAGAUUAAAUAAUGGGACAAGAAAUGGAACUUUAGAAGGGAUGUCAACUCAACAACAAGAAAGGAACAAAAAAUUGUACUAUUUCCAAAAGGAGAAAGAGCUCCUGAACACUAAAAAGUCAAGAAACCGGAAGAAGUAUGAAGAGGUCGAUUAUAUGAAAUACGACACGGAUCCCAAGAAAAUACCAAAGAUGAUCACUCAGAUCACCAAUAUGUAUAAGACCCAGGUUGGCACUCAGGUUACAGACCAGAAAGAGACCGAACUUAUUGAGGAAAAACUAGUCAAUAAUACAGACUCUAAGUAUUGAGAAAGAAGGAACUCACUUUAUGAGGAAGCAAUAAAGAUCAUACAGAGUAUCUCAAGCAAUAGAAGUAUAUCCGAAGCUCCAGAUGACCUUUAUACAAGCAGGUCUAGGUCGAGGUCAAGGAGUGUUAAUAAUUAUGCCUCUUCUGAAGCAAGGCUACCAGCUAAGGAUUUCAAUAUGGAAUCGAUAAUUGAAAACUCAGAAAAUUCAUCUAAAUACGACGAUGAUAUCGAUAAAAUGUCUCUGGAAAAGAUAGAGAAAAAUGCUCGUAAAAGGCUCUUAUCAAUCAGAGUUCAGAAGGCAGAAUCGAUUGUUAAUAUGCAAUCUUUGAGAAGAGUGCAUGAUUCAAAGCUAAAACUCCAAAAAUAAAAUGCUUCGCAAAAUUGCUGAUGAUAUUAGCAUGAAUAGACUGGAAAUCCUUCAGAACAUGUUCAGCACAGAACUGAAUACUUUCUUUAAGAACUACGAUGACCUCCAUGAAAUAUGUAUCAGACAGGUCCAUAAUGAAUCAAAGCUGAUAAAGAUUGUUUAUGAACAAGAAAAGGUCCUACUCGAGCGUAAAAUUAUGAACCCAUUUGUUAAAGAAGACAACUUUGACUUCAGCGAUGUUGUUAAGAAACAACAAGAUUUGCUCAAAAUGGCUCAGAACAAGAGUACCAAGAAGCUUAAUUGCCACGAUUCUUGCAUAAAUCUCCUAUCACAGAAAGAGCAUGAAUUUGAGACUAUGAAGCUUUUCAAUCAUCAAAUGAUUGAUGAAAUAAACUACUAUAAGAACCAAAUCUCUGAGAAGGAUUUACAGCUUAAAGAGCUCAAGUCUUACUAUGAAGAACAGCAAAAGCUGAAGGAACUAGAAAUAUCUGCCCUUAAAUAAAUCUCAAUUAAUUCAAGUAUCACAAUUACAAAGUAUGAAGCAGUCAAUGGACGAGACUGAGAAAAUAGAUCAAGAUUAUCUCUCUCAACUAGAAGAGAAGGAUAAGUUGAUUCAAGACUUGCAAGCUAAAUUAAAAGAGCUAGCAGAAAAUAAUAAAUUCGAAAUAGAGCCAAUACAAGUUAUCACUAUAGAUAAAUCGAGUAUUGGAACCCAAACAGAAGAAAUAGAAAAGAAAGAGAAGCAAGAAAUUGUACCAAAAAAGCGCAAUAAAAGAACUGAAAGAAUCAACACAGCAUUGUUCGAUAAGAAGAAGGAGACCAGAAAUAGGCCUAUGGUUAAUACAUGGCAGAUAGAGUUCAAGCCGAUCGGAAACACGACUGUAAUAGACAAUUUCACUAAGAAUAACCUCUCUCUUACUAGCAAUAAUGAUGCACUAAUUAAGGAUUGUAAGCCUAUUGCGCCGAAGACGACUCAGAACACUCAGAAUCCUAAAGAGAUUAAGAAUCGUAAAUAACUUAAUCAUGAACAGUCUUGAAAUUUUACAAAAAUAACAUUGAGCAGAAAGAUAAAAAGGAAAGGGAUAGGAAGCCGAAAGCCAACCAUAUCAUAAUCAAGGAGAUCCCUAAUUCUAACCAAAACCAAGUGGUUAUCAAGACAGGAGAGAUGACUAAGGAGUUCUCAAUGUACAAAGGAAUUCUGAAGAAUAUCAAAGAUAACCUUAAAUUAAUGGACUCUACUAAGAAUGUGAUGAAUAAAAGAUCGAAUUCCUCAGUUGAUAAAACCUGAGCGAGGAAUUAUUCUAAUAUUAAAACUAAAAGGAAGAGAUGAAACUCUUCAGAUGCAACAUCCAGUCAGAUUGUGAAGAGAAUCAGAGUACAAAGCGCGUAUCUGACGAAAAAGAAUAACUUAUUUGGUAGCUCGGGUGAGUAUGGGAAACCAUAUUAAAAACAAACAUAUUAA